AUGGAGGCACCGGUCAUGAUCAGCGAGUUUCGCCGGCAACAUUCUUGGCUUGUAAUCUUGGCAUGCUGUGGUUGGUUGGUGCCAUCGACUCUGAGUUUGACUUCCCCGAUCGCUGCUCCCAUAGUAUCUCCUUCCGUGGUAUUUAUCGGGGGUCUCGGCUAUUGUGGUGGACGGAUCGCACGUUCCAUUCGGGAAGCAUACCCAGACUGUAUAAUAGUGGGAAGCGUUCGAUCGAAGGAACGGCGGGCGGAACUCUUGUCGAACCAAGGGGAAGGUAGAGACUUGGCAUACAAUGAUGUUUACGUGUUGGAUCUUGACGAUGGAUACACAGGCCUGAAUAACGCAGGCCAAGCAAGUCUAGCAUCGGCAACACACAUUAUUCAGACUGUGGCGCCGAUCGCCGAUCACAACCAAGACCCAUUGCUAGCCUUGCAUGGAGAUCUUCUUCGACAGCGAAAGGGUGUAAACCCGUUAUGUUGGGUCGGGUAUCUUUCUUCGACCGGCGUCUAUGGUGAUCACCAUGGAGCCUGGGUGACGGAAGACGAAUCUUCAGAGUUGCGGUGCGUCGAUGCCAAAUCCCUCGCACGCAUAGAAGCAGAGUGGCAGUGGCGACAGCUCGAAAAAGCUUCUGGACAAGGCAUCCGUGUAGACUGUUUUCGCUGUGGUGGCAUAUAUGGACCCGGUCGCGGACCUCUGUUUUCCACUGUAAAUGAUUUGCGCCUUUCCUCUGAUAGCUCUUUGCUGGAUCAGACUCCUAAGUACGUGAAUCGAAUUCUGGUAGACGACAUUGCGGGAGCAAUGCUCGCGGCCAUGUCGUCAGAUCGCCCACUACACAACGGCCGAGUAUACAAUUUGGUCGACGACAAUCCAGCUCCUCGUCGGGACGUCAUUUUGGAAGCUCGGAAGCUGCGAGGGCUUGUUGACGGGAGCGACGCAAACGAUAACGGGGCCGCCGCUACAUUCACGGGCCGUUCUCGACCGCCCACUCGCAGCACGGGCAACAAGCGAUGUUGCAAUCAACGACUAAAGGACGA